UGACGUCACGGCGCCGGGAGCGAGGCUGGGGUAGAGAGGCCGAGCGAGCAGGAGUCGUCCGCUUGUCGUGGAGGCUACGAGGGGAGCCGGCGAGAGGCUGAGCCGGCGAGCAGGCGAGCGAGCUAGAGCGGGCGGGCGGGCGCGUCGCGCCGAGUCGGCGCCGGGGCCGGGCCUCGGCGGGACGGCCGGCCGGAAAAGGGCAGCCCGAUCCGGGCGCCGCGGGGUCCCCCACCCCCACUCGGCCUGACAGUGCCCGGUGUUCCCCCGUGCGGGGGGCGGCGGCGGCGGCUGACGGGACCCGGCAGGACCGCGGGCGUGUUGCCACCUCCGGCGAGGAGCCGGCGCGGCCGCGGGCUCUUCCGAGCCGGGGCCCGGGGCCCGUGACAGACGGGCCGAGGAAGGCGGAGAGAGGCGACGGGGAAGCAGCAGCGGCGGCGGCGGCGGCGACACCAUGUCAUCCCCCAGCCCGGGCAAGCGGCGGAUGGACACGGACGUGGUCAAGCUCAUUGAGAGUAAACAUGAGGUCACCAUCCUGGGCGGACUCAAUGAGUUUGUAGUGAAGUUUUAUGGACCACAAGGAAGUAAGUACAUGUAUUGCACCGUAUGAAGGUGGAGUGUGGAAAGUCAGAGUGGACCUUCCAGAUAAAUACCCUUUCAAGUCUCCAUCUAUAGGAUUCAUGAAUAAAAUUUUCCAUCCCAACAUUGAUGAAGCGUCAGGAACUGUGUGUCUAGAUGUAAUUAAUCAAACUUGGACAGCUCUCUAUGAUCUUACCAAUAUAUUCGAGUCCUUCCUGCCCCAGUUGUUGGCCUACCCUAACCCCAUAGAUCCUCUCAAUGGCGAUGCAGCAGCCAUGUACCUCCACCGACCAGAAGAGUACAAGCAGAAAAUUAAAGAGUACAUCCAGAAGUACGCCACGGAGGAGGCGCUGAAGGAGCAGGAGGAGGGCACCGGAGACAGCUCCUCGGAGAGCUCCAUGUCCGACUUCUCGGAAGAUGAGGCGCAGGACAUGGAGUUGUAGUAGAAAAAGCACCUGCUUUUCAGAAAGACUAUUAUUUCCUAACCAUGAGAAGCAGACUAUAAUAUUCAUAUUUAAACAAAGCAAUUUUUUUUAUUACUAAACAAGGUUUUUAUGAAUAAUAGCAUUGAUAUAUAUAUAUUAUAUAUCACCCUUUAGAUCUUGAUUUCUCGGUCAUUUCUCAACCUGAGGUGCAUAGCAUAUUCCCACAUUCCACUUUGGUAGCAAUAUGCGGUCCGAAUGCAUGCCUCCAUCAGUCCACCGGGCCAGGUCAGCCGUGCGCUCCCGAACUGUCCAAAGGCGCGGCCACUCAGCUAGGCAGGCGUGAGGAAGGCUUAGCGGGACAGGAGUGGCCCCUUUAGCGAUGGUUCCAAAGAAACCAAGCCAAGCAGCUCUCGGACGCGGAGAUAGGAACAGUGCUAUUUCAGAAGAGAAGGGGGCAAACUGGGGAGGAAAAGGCCCACGACGGGGGCGUUCAGAUCCAGCCCCGUGAGAACUGGAGCCGCUGCUUCCCGGGGGCCCCUGGGUGGCCGCGUGUCUGGCGACGCAGUUUCAGACAGGGGAGAACUCAUUGGAGUAUUGAAGCUUUUUUUUUUUUUCUCUCCUUUUUGACUUGGAUUUGAAGUACAUUUCUCUGUGUAGAUUUCCUGCCCUUCUUGCUACCAGGCCUUGCAGCCGCAAGUGUUUUUGCUUCGGAGAGAGAACCUUUUGAAAGCGUUUCCUUGAACCUGAUUCUUAGGCUAGAGCCUUGUCAUCCAGACCCUUUUUUGGGGGCACAGGACAGGAGGCUAAAGUGACUGGGCAGCUCUUUGGUCUCGCCCUGCAGGCAGAGUCCCAUCUUGGUCCUGUCAUGGGCUACGACGUCACCCUGGACUAAGAGCUUUUAACUAGGAGAGGUCAUAGGGUGGGGGGUUAUGGUGGUAGGUUUUUUUUUUUUCCUUUUUUAAAAAUUUUUUGGGGAGUUAGGGUUUUGUUUUUUUGUUUGGUUUUUUUUUUUUUUGGUGUGUUUUUCUUUGUGGGGGGGUUGUGUGAACUGUGCUUAGAGGGGUUGCAGGUUUAGUCUUCAGUUCCCAAGCGCUGGCCGCCUCCUCCCAGCAGCCACUCAGGCCCUGUGGAUGGGGAGCCAGCAGCCUGCCCUGGGGCCUGGCGCCCCCGGGGACUCGCCUUCCUGUUUGGAUACAGUUUUCCCUCCCGCCCGCCACUACUUUUGGCAGCAGCCCGGACAUCCUCUGUCUGCGGGAGUAGGGAAAGUGUCUCAGAACCCAGCAUACGUUCAAAAUUUUUAAAUGAGGAACUGUUGGAGCCAGUAAAGGUUCCUAGACCCGAAGUGAGUCUUGAUGGGCAGAGGAAGCCAGCGCGGCCCACCUCCCCCCCCCCCCUCCCCGGCGUGUGACAGGAGGCGAGAAAGGGAUUCUGAGAUGUGGCGCAGUAGAACAGGUUUCGAAGGAAGGAAAUGUUCUCUCCUGUCUGCGGGGAGGAAAUGAGAGCGUUGCAGAGGCCUGCGGAGCAGACGUUGACUCAGCCGACCGUGUGUCCAGGUGGCGGCUGGAGCUUCUCACAUCUGAGCGCUGCCCACCAGGUAACUGAGAGCGGGCAGAAGCUGGCCAGUCCUAAAAAGGCCCUUUUUGAGUGUCCCACUGGGAUAGUUUCUUUUUUUCUUUCGGAUGUGUGACUAUUAUUAUUAUUUUUUUAAGUUUAGAAAGAAGAGCUGUAUAAGUCACAAGAUUUGAGUCAGUAAGGUUGGAAAGCGCCCCUUAUUUUUUUUUGGGGGGGGGGCUCACUCAAAAAGCACAAUCAAUCUUUAUUUGAAAAAUCUCUAUAAAGUACAACCUGCCUUUAGCAUGAUUAUUUUACUAAAUAAGACAAAGAAUUUACUUUAUGUUAAUUACGGGCAUGAAGCAAAAGGUUUUCUUUAAAAAAAAAAAAACAUUGAAAGUGCAGUUGUGUAGGGCUGUGGUUAGUAACUGUACUGAGUUAUCUCUAGCAUUUGUGGCUUGUUGGAAGGGUAGUAUUAACUAUUGAACAUGUAAUGGUGUGCUUUCACGCUUACCUAGCACGUUGUCUUAUUCUUUGGGGAGGGGGGGUCUGUGGCACUAACUCGCUUCCUGCUGAAUUAGCCGUUUGCUUGUGCUAUCAACCAUUAUUGUAGGUGCGAUUUAGGGUAGCCUUAAAGUGCUGGGUGGUGAUUUGAGUUCAAACAAUAAAAAAUUGUAUUUUUUCAAUAUUGUAUAAACAAUAGUGUUCUAAUUACCUUUCAAACAAUAAUGUCCAGAUAAUUGCUUCUGAUCUUGUGCAAAAAAAAAAAAAUGCAGCCAAUAAAAAAACAAGCCUCGUAGAACCAAGUUUUAGGGAAGGCAGGCAAGCAGUGCACAUCCCACCCCCCGCAGCCCCUGGCUGUCGGGCAGGGAGGCCCCCAUACGCCGCCUCGGGCCGGACCCUCCUGCCGGGGAGGCCGCAGGUGUGCCAGCGCCCGUCCGUCUUCCCGCUCGGGGACGGUCCCCAUCUGGGCCACACCGGCCCCUCUGCAGGGUCUUCCCGGGCGCAGACCUUGGUCCCGGGCAUGUGUUUGGCUCUGGGGGAGCUCGGUCCCCUCCUCUGGGAGAUGGACUUUUGGUCAGUUGAGCAACCACCCCGCCCUCACUUUCUGCCCCUCCCCUGGAGACCUGGGCGUGGCAGGCGGCGCUGGCUCUGUCCCAGCCGGGGGAAGGCCUUCCUGGGGGCCCGGCUCUCUGGGCCCCACGCUUCCUUCUGGAGUGUGGGCAGUGCCCACAGCAGUCAACGCUCUCCUGGCUUGUCCCUUCACAGCACUCAGAGAAGCCCCUCAGAAGGCGGGACGGAGUAUCCGAGGGCCUGACAGUUCCCCCCCCAGAGCCCCACUGCGUUUUGACCCCCCACCUUACGGUUCUCGAUUCGAAGCUAUUCUUUGUCCCCGUUCAAACGACCGAGCUCCGGCUCACGCCAAAGCCGACAGGAAGAGGCUAGAACACAGCAGCGUCAAACCCCGUGCCCGCCGCAGGCCACUCCGUGGUAGCCCACCUGGAGGCUGGCAUUUUUUCUGCUCUGUCUCCACUCUUCCUCGCCCUCCUUGAGGUAACCAUGCAGUUCCAACCAGCAUUUUCUAGUAGUGAAAGAAUUCUCGGAAGUUGCCAUAUCUCUCUGCAGUACCUGACAUUAUCUUCCACGUCAAAAGUCGUUCUCAUUGCCAACUGACUGACUGACCUAGGUCCCUGAGGAGUGUCGUGUCUCCCCUCACAGGCAAACCAUCCCCCUCAGAAAGCUCCCAAAGCCCAAUUGGAUCUUGGCCCGACACCUCCCUCCCUCCCUCCCUCUCUUUCACUUCUCUAUCUCCCUCCCUCCCUCUUCUCUCUCCUCUCAUCUGUUUUUAAGGCUUCCUAAUGGGUGGCUGAGAAUCAUGAAAGACCGCCUCCUCUGUGGUCAAAGUUUCUAGACCUCGCAUUUCUGAGAACUAAAGUUGCAUUUUCAGUGGCGUGUGGCCCUUCUAAGCCCCAGGGCCUUGGUAGAUGCGGGAAAGCCACUGAAGCAGAGGUAGCAAGAGUUUUCUCAACAGCUUCCUAAUGGGGCUCAGAGCCUUGUUGACUGGAAUCAUUUCUGACUGGACACGAGAGAACUGCAUUUCUUUGAACUUCUAAAUCCAUGUUUGUUCUUUCUCUGCACCCCACCCCCCACACCUGGGCCUGGAUGGCAUGUCAGCCCCUUAGGGGGCGGGGAGGGCCCCCCCUUCCCGCCCUCCAUGACACAGGUUCCCCACUCAGCUGAGUAACGGCCCGGACUCUGAAUUCAGCACACACUUGUCUUGGCUGUGGGCUUGGGAAGAAAUGGCCAUUAUUAACUGAUUGUAUUUGGUACCUAUUGUGUGAUACUUGAAGAGAAAAGGGACUUACCAGCCCUUAAUUGAAAUCUAAGCUUUUUAUUGCUUAUUUUUUUCCUCGCCCUCUCCUUCCUUCCACCUUUUUCCUUGCAUUGUGAUGAUCUAGUGGGCACUUCUGUCAACAGGACAAAUGCCUUCUCUGAUAUAACCUCUUAAUAGUUGUGUAUAAUGAAAACUGUAAACUUUUUUAAAUAAAAUGUGUAUAUAUACCUUGGCAAAUGGCUGGGUCUUGGUCAA